CACGCCGAUUCACUUCCGUUUCCACCACGUAGUUGCCGCCAUCUCUAUCUGGCGUAUGGAGUCCUCUGUGGACACGUUGGUGUACCAAAUGGAAGACGACGAUCCGUCCAUCAAGUACGACGCGAUACGAAAACUGCGCGAGAUUGCCGCUCAGUUGCCACGCCAGUCGACACCGCCGCCGCCGUUCCCGGUUCGCAAUGCCCGCCGAUUCCUCAACUGCGUCCGUCGACGCCUCCACGACAUGGACAACCGAGUGGUGGUGGAGGCCUUGCUCUUAGUGUGCGACCUUAUUCCAGUCCUGGGCACAGACAACAGACUGCAUUUGGGUCAGAUUGUGCUGCCGCCGUUGCUCACCAUGCUCCCCCUUGACGAGGAUUGGACCGAUGACGUAGCGUUUCCCCACACUGCGCUGCAUGUGUUAUGGGUAUACAGUCUAGAUAGCAAGGAUCUGAGGCCAGUGAUGGACAUUUUGAUCAAUCAAGGGUUGAACCAUGACGACGGCGCCGUUCGGGAAUCCUCGAUUUUAGCCAUCAAACACCUCAUGACACUCAACGCGAAAGCCACACACCCGUGUGGGUUGGACUACGGCAUGCUAGUUGAAGUGCUGAUUCCAUCGAUGGAAGACGACGAGGAAAGCACGGUUGUCGCGGCUGAAGAAACCCUCGGAUGGAUGCAAGGGCAUGUCGGGAAAGACGGAUUUGCCAAACUCACACAACGGCUCAACGGCCGAGACAAAGCCAUCCUCGUGGAACACAAGCCGUUCAUUGCCAAGUUCAUGCCAGAAGGGGGGGGUUCCGACGACCAUCGUUCCGACAAACAAUUGCAAUUCGACGUCGUGCCAAAGUGGAUCGUCGACGUGCUGACGUCGCCCGCAGCGUCUGUCGCCGACAAACAGUCUGCGAUGGACAACUUGGUGUCUGUGGUGUUGCACGCAAGUAUUUUGGCCUGCCAAUGGCCCGCCCUCUUGGCCUUCCUGCUCUCGUUGUGCGUCCACGUCGACCAUCCGAGCAUCGUGCACCCCGUUCUAGAAUGCAUCCGCCACAUCGUACAAGCUGUCCAGCGGCUCGUGGCAACCGUCGAAAUCUUCCCCGCCCUCGUCGAACUCUUCGCAGACAUGCCACAUGAUGAUAUGCUUAUGGACCUCCUGCAGCUCAUGUUCCAACUCGACCAAGGCGUGUGCCUCAAACUCCUGCCAACAUAUCAGCACCACUCGUCACGUGUUCGAGAGCACGCGUGUCUUGUGCUCAUCAUGUUUGUCCUCCGCCACCCCACCGAGCCCCUGCCCGUGUCAUCGAUGGUGCUGCACAUCGGCCGCCUUCUGUGCGACCCUAGCGUUCGGGUUCGCCAAGUGGCCAUGGAAGUGUGCGCGGUACUCAAACACGUGUGCAACUUGGAUAUGCUUGCGCUGCUGCGCACCAACCAAGACGUGUACGCGGACGCCAUCGAUUGGCAGCUGCUCCAACGACGCCUGCAGCAGGCGUUCGUUCCAAUCUUGACAUCUCGUGGGUCUGUGUGCUUGGACCCAACCGCCCCAGUUUUGACAUCGUCGUCGAGGUCAGAACCAGACUCCAACAGAUCAAACCGAUCACGCAAUUGGGUACCAAAGGACAAAGAGGAGGGGGCCGCGUCCCCGUCGGUGGUGUCCUCGUCCGAGUCAGCGAAGCAACCCAGUGCCCAAGACAUCGCCAAGAAUCUCACGACUCUGAAACUGCGGUCGCUGCAGAAAAAGUCUGGCAAAGCCGCCGACGUUGCGCGAUAUGCAACUUCCACUCCCGUCGAAGCAGGGGCAUAUUUAUCCACUGGUGAGCGCGAACAUCACCUGCGCCUUCCACAAGGGGGCUCGUCCACCACCCAUAUGCACAAUGACCACCAAUCGAUGAUCAAACCUACGCCGUAUUUUAAUUUACCUCGACCAGUAGUAGACAACCCAUCAGAAUCACUGUCGUCGCCACGACACGAAAGCAACCCCCCACCACCGAAAACAAUGUUGACUGGUGACGAUCGUCCAAUUAAACCCAUGGGACGACAGCAGCCACAUCAAGACAACGAGGGGGCUGCACCUACACCCAGUAGAUUCCUCGACGACGACCACGACAGCAGCGACCAAGGCAUGUACUACUACUCCCCACGAGCAACUACGACCACGACCACAAAGCGACACCUAAAACCUUCGUCAUCAUCCAACGACCGACCCAUCAAGGUGCAGCAUUCAGUGGAAGAAACCGUGGCAAAGCCAUCGCGCGUUCCUGUCAAGAGAAACGUAAGGCCUCUUAACUCAAAAGCCCCAGCAGUGAGCAGCAGCACCGCCCCCAGAACUCCGAGCGCUCAAGAUGCCGACAGCCUCCCCCCUGAAAAUCCACUGGCCAACGACAGGCCGGUGGCGCCGCCGCGGGCGAUGACCCUUGCGACCCGGAAACGCAUCGAAGCCAAACAAGACAAAGAUGCAGCCAACGCCGCCGUGGCUGCUACAGAUGCUGCUGCUUCGUCGUCCGGGGGUGGAGGCUGGCUAAAGUCGGGUGACGAGCUGCGGAUGGCGCUGCGGGCCGGCAAACAAGAGUACGUGCCCACCGCAUCGUUGAUGGACUACCCCCUGCCCGGAUCGACCAAAUCCGAGCUGGCCAAAUGCGUCAAACUGAUGCAUGCCACCGACUGGGAAAGCAACUUUGAGGGGCUCACGGCGCUGAGACAAAUCGCAGUGCACGCGCCAGACGCGGUCGCGGGGCAGCUGGCGCCGUUGGUCGUCGAAGUUGUCAAACAGAUCAACAAUUUGCGCUCCAGCAUUGCCAAGAACGCAAUGCUCGCCAUUGAAACGCUGUGUGUGUCGUUGUCCCGGAAAAUGGAUGCAGAGAUGGACACUGUGAUGCCGCUGCUGUUGAAACGAGCGGCCGACACGAACGCGUUUUUGAGUGAAGCGGCCGCGUCGACCUUGGUGGCUGUCGUGCAAAGCUGUUCGGCGGCCAAGUUGCUCGCGUCGUUGCUGCCACACGCAGUGUCCAAGCACGCGUUGAUUCGGAAACAGGUGGCGACGGUGAUGGGAACCAUUUUGAUUGCCGAGGCGGCGGCCAGCCGCUUGGAAUCGUACCGUGAACUGGAUCGCGUGCUGUCGACCUUGUGUUCGUUGGUGGGGGACUCGAACAACGAAGUCCGUGACACCGCCAAGCCCACGUUGUUAUUUUUGAAAACACAAAAGUACAUUGAUCCCGCCCGGCUAAAGCGCGCUGUGCCCAGCGCCACGUUGAUGCGCGUAGAGCAGGUGCUACAGACCUCGUCGAUUGCAGAUCAACCGGACAAGCAACCCAGACAAGCCAAGCCGCCCAAACCUCCACAAGUAGUCGACGUGAGGGAUGGGAACAUUCAGGACGAAUUGGCGUCCAUGUUGGUAGCGCUGGAGAGUUCCAACUGGAAGGAUCGGUACGACGCCCUAGAAACAUGCAAGCCAUUUGUACACCAACACGCUGCCGUGCUGUGUCAAUCUGGCAAACUCAACGUAUUGUUUGACACGCUGAAUAAACGACUUGACGACGGCAAUGCCAAGGUGAGUUUGUGUGCGUUGGAGACACUUGUGGAUAUCAUUCCGCCUCUGGGCAACGGUCUGGACGCCGUCUUGGCCAACUUGGUGCCCACUUUGACUCGAAAUCUGGCGGCCAACAAUCAAAAGGUAGGCUAUUGCUGGACAGGUGGCCCUUUUGGCAGACAAGGCGUUGGAUCUGCUGUGCAAACAUGUCGACGGAAAGCUCCUAUGCCCGCCGUUUGUCGUGGCUGGUCGGGGGGCCAAUACCCGAACCAAGCCCGGACUUAUUGAAAAGAUCACGCGACUCGCCAUAAUGGGUGCACCGUCGACGACCCUCACGCGACACGUGCUGCCGAUGGCGUUCGACCUGAUGAAGGAGAGUAAAACGGAUAUUCGAGACGCAAAUCAAGGCCUCUUGCGUGCGCUUUAUGCUACCAUGGGGCCAGCGAUGCUCGAUUCUGCAUACAAACUGCCCAAGACGCACCAAGAUAAACUUGGCCAAGUGCUUGGAGUGCGCUUGUAGCCGAGACAUGGACCCGAUAUCGUUAUUGUACGCAAUGCAACAAUAGCAAGGUUUUAUGAAGAGCCACUUAUGCUUGCAGUGCUGUGUAUGUAGUGUAUGUAGUAGCUAGAUGAUGGUCGUGGUGGCGAUGCGGUGGUGUACCAACAUGAUUGAACAAACGACAAUAUGUAUUCAAAACUGGUUUAUAUGCAAAAUGCAACACAUUCGACGAAAGUCAAAAGUGACUAGUUAGUCGAGGGACAAGGCGUCGACGUGGGUGUCAUGGUCGGUGUGCGAGUCGUCGUAGGACGCGACGUACUCGUCGUAUAAGGAGCAGCCGUCGUCACAACAGGGGUCUUGGUGGUGGUCACAGGCGCCUUAGUGGU